AUGAGUGAAACUUCGACGAAUAAUCCUCUUAUCCCUUUAAAUACUGAAGUGCUAGAAAAGUCUUCAUUCUAUCCGACGAGUGACGUUCGACGGAAAUGGUGGAAAGAAUCUGUAGCAUAUCAAAUCUAUCCUCGUUCCUUCCAGGACUCGAAUGGAGAUGGAAUAGGAGACAUACGCGGUAUCAUCCAGCGACUCGAUCAUAUUAAAGAACUCGGUGCUGAUCUCAUUUGGAUUUGUCCCAUAUAUAAAAGUCCAAAUGAUGACAAUGGUUAUGAUAUAUCUGAUUAUCAACAAAUCAUGGAUGUAUUUGGUACGAUGGCCGAUGUUGAGGAGCUUGUCAAAGCUGUUCACGAUCGUAAAAUGCGCAUUAUUUUUGAUCUUGUUCUGAAUCAUACUAGCGAUGAACAUCCAUGGUUCAUCGAAUCUCGUUCAUCUCGUACGAAUCCUAAACGUGACUGGUACAUAUGGCGAGAUGGUAAACCAGGUGGUCUUCGUCCGAAUAAUUGGGAAUCAAUUUUUAAUGGAUCAGCAUGGGAAUAUGAUAAAGAAACCGAUCAGUAUUAUUUACACUUAUUUUCUCGUAAAAUGCCAGAUGUCAAUUGGGAAUGUGCAGAACUACGUCAGGAAUUGUAUAAAAUGACACGUUGGUGGUUGGAUCGAGGUAUCGAUGGUUUCCGUAUUGAUGCAAUAUCACAUAUCAAGAAGAAGCCUGGUUUGCCCGAUUUGCCAAAUCCUAAACAGUUAGAAUUUGUCUCAUCGUUUGAUUAUCACAUGAAUGUCGAAGGAAUCGAAGAAUAUUUAAAUGAAUUUAAACGUGAAACCUACAGCAAAUAUGACGUUGUUACAGUAGGAGAAGCGAAUGGUGUCAGCGCUGAUCAAGCUGUUGAUUGGGUCGAUGAAGCGAAAGGAAAAUUUAAUAUGAUAUUUCAAUUUGAAGCAACAAAUCUCUGGGAGAAAACUUUAGGAACACUUGAUGUUUUGGCAUUGAAGCGUAUUAUGACCAGAUGGGAGAAAGGUUUAGAGAAAUCAGGUUGGAACGCUCUAUUUAUCGAAAAUCAUGAUAAACCACGAAUUGUCUCAACAUGGGGAGAUGACAAAGAGUAUUGGAGAGAUUGUGCUACCGCUUUCGGUACUGUUUACAUGCUGAUGAUGGGUACACCAUUUAUUUAUCAAGGUCAAGAAAUUGGUAUGACAAACGUGCGUUUUCCUUCGAUUAAUGAUUAUCCAGAUGUAGCUGCAAAAAACUUCUACAAUCUCGAAUUAGCUAAAGGUAUCGACCAUAAUGAGAUCAUGCAAAUUAUUUACAUCACUGGUCGUGAUAAUGCACGUACACCAAUGCAAUGGGAUGACUCACUGAACGCUGGUUUUAGUACAUCUCAACAAACAUGGAUUGGUGUCAAUCCGAACUAUGUUCGUAUCAACGUUGCUCAACAAGAAAAAGAUCAACAUUCCAUCUUAAAUUUCUAUAAACGUCUCGUUCGUGUUCGAAAAGAAAAUGAUGUAUUUACAUACGGAAUUUACGAUUUGAUUCUAUCCAGUCAUAAGCAAAUCUAUGGUUAUACACGUACAUCAGAUACAAAACGAGCAUAUGUUCUAACGAACCUAACUGAUCGUCCAGCGCAAUUCACAUUGUAUCAAGGAUUGUCAUCAUCUCAACUUGUGCUAUCCAAUCUAAUCGAAUCAGUGGCCGAACAUAAAGACGAGAAAUCUUUCAAAUUUCACCCUUAUGAAAUUCGUGUAUAUAUUAUUGAUUAUAAAAAGAAGGAACAUAUACAUCGUCAUUCUCAUCAUCAUCAUGAUAAGAAAAAGCAUACGACGGCAGAAGCUGAUGAUGUGGAAGAAAAAUCUUCCGAUGAACCAACGAAAGGAUCCUUGACUAAACGACAGAAAGCCGCUUUGGAAAAACUCGAACAGAUAUCGAAUAAUGUACGCAAUGAGCCAUUGGAAGAUCCCAAAGUCAUUCUAGAAGCAGUCGCUUCAGCAACAAAGAAGGUUCUAUCUGAAACCAAACCCAUAGAGCCGUCGCAUCCAGCAACAUCCAAAGCACCACCUUUAUUACCUCCAGAGAAAAAUGAAAACGAGAAAGCUGCAUCAGCAGACAGCGCAGAAAGUGAUCUGGAAAAUGAACCAAUUCAAAAGAAACGUGAACGGCAACGUUCGCUCGUCCUUAAUCUCGAAAAUAUCCCUCCAGCAACAUCUGCACGAACAAGUGAAUCAUCGACUGCAAUGGAUCAACCGCGUCGAUCGUUUUCUACUCAAGCCGUGUCAUCAAAACCAAGUUUGAAAGGUCAUCACGCAGAUAGUUCCUCGGAGGACGAUGGCGAUGACGAAGAAAAGCAAACGACAUCAACAAGCGAAUUAGAAGACGAAACGAGCGACACAGGCGCCAAAGAUAUCGACUAUGCUGUUCUAUAUGACGACACAAUUGAAGAUUUCAGUUUCACAAGUGCAAGAGAACAAGCGAAGAAACGUCUUCUACGUCAACAGCAACAAACAAUGUUAGAACAAGUCAAAGAACAAGAAUAG